AAGAUGUACAUACAAUACUGAUGUUAGUUUUAACAUGUACAAGGCAUAAUUGAUCUUUUAGUGAACGAGAAUCCCAUACUAGAAUAACGGAUAUUAAUCUUCCCAUCCUGCUGUUUUCCUGUGAAUGCAGCACAUCAUGGCUCGGGAAGUAGGAGACAAAUGAAAUGAUUGAUUUUUAGAAACUUUUCUGUUCUCUUCACUCAAUUCACUGACCCUGAUUUCAACACGGAUUGAAAUAAAACACGUGAAAGCAGCACAUCCUAGUUGGCGAAGCAGGAGACAGAUGCCAUAAGACGUGAUUGCCUUCUAGAAACUUUUCUGUCAUCUAUUGACACAACCCACUCUCCCUGACUUCAACAAGGAUUAAAAUAAAACACGGGCUGAGCCAUGGCCAGCUUUAAGAUCCGGAAGUAUCGGGACGAGGACUCAGAGGCAGUGAAGGACACCUUCACCUUGGGAAUGAGCGAGCACGUGCCUUCCACCUUCAUGCACAUGCUGAAACAGCCACCCACCCAAAUGGUACUCAUGUGCAUUUUCUGCGCCCUCAUCACCAGCUCCAAGUCCUUCCUGUUCCCCAUCCUGGCCCUCACCCUGGCCCUGGCUGGGGCCCGACAGUUGGUAGUCUAUGUGUUCAACAGACACAUCGACACCUCACUCAGUAGUGACCUCAAAAACAUCAGUGAGACCUACCUGAAGCAGAAGGACUCGUGUUUUUGGGUGGCUGAAGUCGAUGGUGUGGUGGUCGGCACGGUGGCUUGUGUCCCUGCUGAGAAUGCGCCUGCGUGCUUAGAGUUGAAACGCAUGUCUGUACGCCGCAGUCACCGCAGGAUGGGCAUUGCUAAGGCUCUGGGUCGGACAGUCGCUGAAUUUACUCGUGAACGAGGUUUUGCAGGCCGUCGUCUGUUCACCUCUGUGGUGGCUACAGACGCUCAGAAACUGUAUGAGGACAUGGGCUACAAGAAGAUACGACAGUUUGUUCUUCCUGAGCUUCCUGCCAAAAUUAUGAACUUCACUCUGAUAGAAUACAGACUGGAUUUACAUGGAGGGGGGAGUGAAUGAGUAGUUAUUCAGCUGAAACCCUAAGACUGUUACGUUUUUGGGGAAAGGGACCAUCCACUUAUCCAGUUUCUGUACUUACAUUUUGCCGUAUGCAUUGCCACUAAAGGGAUAGUCCUGAUUGUAGGAAGUACAGUAUAGCCCUUUUGGUCGGGAACUGAAGACGUUGUAUCACUGCAUGCUUUCUCCAAAGCCACCACACUUUACUAAAAAACAAAACUGUUAAAUUUUGGUUUCUGUAAAUGGAGUCUUGUGGUAACACUGCUUCUGUUCUCUGUCAAAAACAGAUGUCUGACAGCAUGACAAGGCUAUGAAAAAUAUAAAAAACUGACAUUCCUUUAAACUGAUAUUGAUCCUUUAAGUGGCUCUGAUACCUUUUUCUGAAGCCCCCGUUAACAGCAAUAGACCAUAAUAACCAGGCUGGCACUUUCCAAGCUAACCCUUUAGCUCAACAAAAGACGGGUAACAGUUUCCACACAGGGAUCUGUUUACUCCACACACGCUUAGUAAAAGGUUAGACUUGUUACAAACACACCAGGACAGAUUGAUCAUUAAUCCUUUCUUUUUAAUAGCAGAGUGAAUGUUCAUGAUGAUGAUGAUGAUGAUGAUGAUGACGAUGAUGAUGUUUUGUGUUGAUUAAGCUAUUUGAAAGUAAUUUUAUUUUGUAAAUUAUUUCCUUUCUAAUUUAUACUUAGAAUGAACUCAUCAAUAAACAUACUUCUACA